AUACAGUCUCUAUGCUGUUUGUAUCAUUGUUAAAUAAUGCAACCUUCUAUCUUGCCCUGCCAACUUAGCGCACAUCUGAGCUGGACAAAGAAUCAUACUCUAGGAACCAAAACUGUCGAAAAGUCAACAAAGUGAUACCAUAUUGCACUACAGCGCUCGAGAAUCACUGGAAUUGUCACAACAAAUAUAAAGAGAUUUUAAAGUAACAACGAUCAUAAUCACAACAAAUAUAAAGUAACUAAUAAAUGACUACUAGUUCUCCCAUUCCCGUCCUAUGGUAGACACUAUUUAACCUUGCAAGAAAGAUGGGUUCCCGGAUUGUCCUUCCAAAGGACGCGGGAAGGAAUAUGAUUUUCAAAAUUUAGUAUUUAUCCUUUUUUGUUCAAAAAAAUUUAGUAUUUAUCCUUUUUUUUAAACAAUUUAGUAUUUAUCCAAUUUCUCAAAUCAUCAUCAAUAAAAAAAAAGGUCAUCUUGAAAAAAAAUCAAUUAUAAAUACCUUUUCUACGGGACCGGACCCUAGAUCCUUAAAAAAACUGUAAAGCUAAGCCGAUCUUCUCAACAUGUCUCCAACGGAGGGAUCCGCCACAAAAGAGAUGAGUCUGCUGACUUUGAACGAAAGGGACACCACUAAGAGAACCACCAGACCACGAAAACGCGACAUUGGGAGAGUUCGUGUAAUGGGAUAUAACAUUGACCUUCCCCAAGAUGAUGUGGAAAGCGCGUUGAGAAACCAUUUCUCUUCAUGUGGAAAGAUCACAGAUGUUUGUGUCAUCGUACUCGAUGAUAAUAUGCUCGACAGUUUUGGUUUUAUUUAUUUUCUUGGAGGACAAGGCACGGUUGACAGGGCGAUGCAACUUAGUGGAACUGACGUUGGAGGAUGGAAUGUCACUGUUAAGCCUUAUCCUUUCCUGGAAGAUGCAGACUGGGACCCUGUUGCCAUUGUUCAAGGAUAUGACACUUGUCUUGGGAAAACUGAUAUCAAGAGAAUGUUGUUUGAUCACUUCUCUUCAUGUGGACAGAUCAAGGAUAUCAUGUUUCAGAGGAGCAGCAUUGGUGUAGCUUCUGUGUAUCUUUAUGGAGAAGGUGCAGAAGACAAGGUGCUGGAUCUUGAUGGGUCCUACAUGGGAGGAUGCAAAAUACUUGUUAAGCUUAUUCCCUCGAGUGGAAUAUACACUGUCCACCCUCGUAGUCGUCAUCUUGGCUGGCCCAGACCCGAUCUUCCCAACUUGUCUCCAAUGGAGGGAUCCGCGACCAAAGGAAUGAGUCUGCUGACAUUGAACGAAAAUGAUGCUAAGAAAAACAGACCUAAAAACAGCUACAUUGGGAGGAUUCUCGUGAAGGGAUAUAACACUCAGUUGUCCCAUGAUGACGUGGAAAGCUCGUUGAGGAAACUUUUCUCUUCAUGUGGAGAGAUCACUGAUGUUUACAUCAGCGUACUAGCGGAUAAUACUCUCGACAGUUUUGGUUUUGUUUAUUUUCUCGGAGAAGGCGCAGUGGACAAGGCGUUGCAACUUAGUGGAAGUGACAUGGGAGGCUGGACUGUCAUUGCUGAGCCUCAUCCGUUCCCGGAAGAUGCCGACUGCGACCCCGUGGUAGCAGUUCAAGGAUAUGACACUAGUCUUAGCAAGAGUGAUAUCAAGAAAGUGUUGACUACACAUUUCUCUUCAUGUGGAGAGGUCACAGAAAUCCGGAUUCACAAGAAGAUAGGUGCAGCUGCCGUGUGUGUUUAUGGAGAAUGUGCGGAAGAAAAGGUCCAGGAUCUUGAUGGGAGCUACAUUGGAGAACACAAAAUAACUGUUAGGCUUAUUAGUGCACGGGAAAUAUAUAGUGUACACCCUCGUCGUCGUUAUCGCUGUCCUUUCCCAGAUAACAAGGCUAAUAUGACUUCUGAAGAGUAGAAAAGCUCUCGGAUCUACUGGGGGAAGACAAAGACAAUCUCUAUGUUGUUUGUAUCUUUGUGAAGUAAAUUCAACCUUCUGUCUAGUACUUUUUAAGCUUUUUUCUUUCUUCUGGAUUUUAAAAUAAACUCUGAUAAUCGUCUUCUGAGUUCAUUCGAACUUUUAUGUAUUGUAUUUAUGUUUCGAGCUUUAAACUGCUCAAUAAUCAUUAUCUUCAGCAACUUUAUUUGAACUUACAUCUUGAGCU